AUGAGCUAUAGACUAUUGUUUGCGCGUUCUUUUGCUUUGAAAAGCGGGAAUAUUCCGCGGACUAUCGUGUCAACAGCCCAAUCCAAUGUCUCAACAAUAUCAACGUCAACAGGUCUAUCAAUCAACGCAUUAAUACGCUUCGAUUGCAAAGCUUCAGCCCUAAAUCUCCCCUCAACAUCACCAUCUUCAAAGAGCCACGAAUAUGCUUUCACAUACUCCGGCCAUACCACCGCAUCCAUGUAUCCAGGGGGAUCUGGCCAAAAGUUCUUCAGUCUCCCCAAGCACCUGCGCUCUCUUUGCUGCCGACGAGUCUUAACUGUCCCGUAUGACGCCCUAACAAAGAUUUUUACAUCAAAGAACGGUUCAAACAUUGAUACAGAGGGGCCGUAA